AUGGCUUCAACUCUUCCUAUUUUAUGCCUUGAAGAAAUUUUAGAAAAUCUUCGAGAUGAUUUACCAUCUUUAUUUUCGUGUGUUAUGUCGAAUCGACAUUGGUGUAAGAUCGCCAUUAAAUAUUUAUGGUGUAAUCCUUUUCGCGAAACAACAAAUGAUAAGAUUCUUAGUGCAAUUCCUUUGAUGUGUUUUGAUGAUAAAAAAUUUGUCUUUCCUUAUCUCGAUUACAUCCGAGAAAUCAAUUAUCCAACAUUGUUAGAUAUUACCAAAGACACCAAUGAUGUGCGUUGCAAUCCCAAGGCGAUUUUGGUGUCGAUUGUCAAUAGAGUUAAUACCAAAAUUAUUCGUUUAAAUAUCGAUAAUAUUAGGGAACAACAGCAGCAAAACGACUUUGACGAUUUUCAAUAUUCUGAACUUAGUUGGAUGAUGGAAUUGUUUGAUUUACCGGCUGCUUCGAACUCUUUAUCCCAACUCUACAGUCUGACGAUUUGUAAUCAGAAUGCCAAUGAAGUUCUCAAGGCAAUCGAUAACAAAUUAUGUCCAAAUCUUAUUAGCGAAUUGAAGAUUAUGAUUUAUCAUAAUAGAGGAGAUUGGGAUUUUGAUCCCAGAAUAUUAGAACAGGUGAUUUUUGAUAUUAAUCGAUUGAGCUCUUGGAUACAAUUAAAGAGUUUCACUACACAAUUUGGAAAUGAAAUUGAGGAGGAUGCCCUCUUUGGCAGUGAUAACUUUCUCUUAAAUUUGGCGAAUUGCCUUCCGCCAGUAAUCAUGGACAAUCUAUGUCUCGCUGGUCCCUUCGCAUUUGCUCCGGAGAAUUUGGAUAUUUUUUUCAAUACAACUAAAGCAAGCUUUGUAAAGAUUUCGCUUCCAAAAUCUACAUUAAUUUGGGAUUCGGCUCUUGAAGCCUUUGCUAAAAACACCAAAGGAAUCUUAAAAGAAUUGGAUAUCCCACGUGCUUCCAAAAUAUCAUUUGACGCUUUAUCUAAAGCAAAGUUAGUGAUACCAAAUAUCAAUGUAUCGAUUGUAAAAGGGGAUUCCAACUGGAGAACAAAUAUCGAUAUGCGAUUUGAUGACGAAAAUGAAUUCCAACCUGGAUUCAGGCCAGAAGAUGAUUUCUGGCCGGACGAUGAUUUCUUUGGUGCAUGGAAAUAA